AUGAUGAAUGGACAACACGCAGACCCGCCGAGUUCGAUACCAAAGUCGAAAACUGGCAAGUAAGUCCAAUUUAGUUUAUUAGAAGAUUCAAUUUCCUGUCCUGCUUAAAUAUAAGAUUAAAAUGAGUUUAAACUUUAUAUUUAUGUUCUUCAUUGAAAACAAACUAAAACAGACUGUUCUUUUUUUCACGCAGUAAUGUGAUGUACUGGACAAGCGAGCACGAUGUCCUGUUAUGCAGAGAGGUCGUUUCCGAGAAUCCGUUCAAAACAAGAAAGGGUUCGUCGCAAAGAAGCGAAAUUUGGGAUAGAAUAGCCAACACUUUGAAUACCUGUUCCAAGCCUGUCUUUGCUGUGGAUAAAAGGUCCGUAAGGGAUCAUGUGGGUAUUUUAAUUAACCGAAUCAAAAAGAAAUUGAGAGCUGAGGAAAGGAGCUCGGGCAUCGCGCCGCCCGAGCCCACAGAACUUGAAAACUUGGUGGAAGAAAUUAUGGCUCUCGAAGAAACAGCUGAUGCAGAAAUGAAAGAGGACGACGAAAGUGUGAAAGGAAAGGCUGAAAAAGAGAAGGCAAAGGCCACAGAUAUGAGACUUAAAGCACUUGAGAAAGUGUCGGAGACGAUGAAGAGACAUUCAGGCGAAAAUGAUCAGGAAAAAGUAAAGAAAAGAGAACGGAGAAGUGGCAGCGAGACCAUGUUGUUCCUGUCCAAAAAAGCGGAAAAAGACCAGGGACUGAAACUUGAGGGACUCUAG